GUGGGCAGCACAGGACAGCAAAAGUGAUCAGUAUAUUGAGAUAUGGGAUCAAUAAGUUAAUAAAUAAUUCCAGGAAGUUACAAAGGUUUCAAAAUGCUAUGGAUACCCCAGCUUUAUUAAGCAAAGCUCUAACAAAGACAUGUUGUUCUCUAGCAACAUUAACAUGAGUAAAAACAUUUCUCCUGGCUCAGAACAGCCAUCACAAUGCCCCCAUAAUAGUGCAUUUAAACAACAGAAGCUCCCUGCCUGGAAACCCCAGCUGAAUUCUGUACUGGUUCUCUCCACCUUCUUUGGAACUUGCUUGUUCUCCCUUGCUGUGGGAACUGACCUUCUAUUGGCUGCAACAACAAUAAAAGAAACAGAGGUUCUCCCAUUGCUAAAACAAGGGAACACGGGGUGGACUGAUAAAAACGUGAAGUUCUGUAAUCCAAUGUCACACAAUUUAUCUUCCACAUUCACUGGGGCAGCAAUACAUCCGUACUGGCAGAAACCUGCCUUUUUAUUAGAUAUUGAGGAUGAAGAAAACAAUGGAUAUAGAAAUGACAACUUUAUUAUCUGGAUACGAGUAGCACCCUUCCCUAAGUUGAAAAACUUUUACUGCCACCUCAGCCACACCAAUGAGUUUGCAGACGGGUUCCCUGCUGGAGAUUAUGGCAUACACAUAUCUUAUAAUUUCCUAGUUACCAGUUUUGAUGGGAGAGAACACAUUGUCCUUUCAACAGUGACCUGGAGCGGAAGAAAACAAGACAACAGUAUACCAGGAUCAAUGAAAAAUCGAAGAUGCCUGGAGAGUGAGAGACCACAAAUACAGGCUUAA